CUGUUUCCAUGGGUUUCUCUCUUUUCUUCCGGAUGGGAAGGAGUUAUGCAACGCAGAAUGUGUGUAUUCUGCAAAUUUUUUUCUUUUUGGUCAGCCUACAAGUUCUCGAAGCAUCAGCAAUGUAUUUCGAAGUUUUUUUUUAAAUAAUGAUAUCGCUAAAAUGUGAAAAAAAAAGCUGUUACCCACAACCUGUUUCAUUCUAUUCUGAUCUGCAUAAUAAUGAUCAGUCUGCCUCUAUUUUAAGUAACUUUUAAAAAUAAUGUUGUGUUGCGCAAGAUCGAAUGGUGGAUAGUCAAAACCUUUUUGACUAUUCGAAGUAGGGAAACAAGUGGCAAGGAAGCUACUCCUCAAAAGAAUUGGAUCAACAACAUUAAUCAGGACAUCUAGCAGCAGUAUAUAUAAAUCAAGAAUGGUUGAAGUCAAUACAGUGCAUACUAAAUUCAAGCUAUGCUACCAUUUUAACCUGUUAUAAUGUCUUUUCUAAUGGUAUAUUAAAGAACCAAUGACAAUAAUGGGGCAGUCAGGAAUAUCCUUAGAAGAUACUUUGCUACCUUCACUGGUACAGUGUUUUGGCAUAAUUUUCAUUGGUUAUAUUCUUGGCAAAGCAAAAAUAUUGAGACAGGUUGAAGCUCAGGGUAUAUCAAUUUUCGUUCAAUAUCUCUCAUUACCAGCUCUUAUAUUUGUGACAGUCUCAACCAUUCCUUUUACUCAAAUGAAGUGGGAAUUUAUAGCUUCUGUAUUUGUUUCAAAAACUUGCAUUUUUGUUUGUGUAGCUCUCAUUACAAUGCUACUGACGCAUCCAUGUGAUUUAGGAAAAGCUGGCAUAUUUGCUAUCUUUGCAACUCAAAGUAACGAUUUUGCUUUGGGUUUUCCUUUAUUUGCUGCUUUGUAUCAAAAUACACAUCCUGAAUACCCUAUGUAUUUAUACAUUAUAGCACCCAUACAAUUACUUAUUCUUAACACUAUUGGAUUCAUCUUUCUAGAAAGUGAAAAGCAUCACCGUGAUAUUUCACAGAGUGGAAAUCAUCUUUAUCAUGUUAUAAAAGGCACACUUCGAAAUCCUGUUGUACUGAUGACAGUAGUCGGCCUUAUUUGGAAUGUAACAUAUGGACAGAAAGUGUUACCUAUUUUUGAUAACAUAUUGAAAGCAUUCAGCUCUGCUUUUCCAGCUACUGCUUUGCUUUUACUUGGAUAUACAAUGACAAUAAGAAGCAAAAAGUCAGAUUCUCAGAUAUCUGUAGUAGUAACAAUACUAAUCUUUCUGAAAAAUUUGGUUCUGCCAUUAAUUAUGCAACAAUCUACGAGAUUCUUUCUACAGGACAGUUCAACAAAAGAAAUUGAAAGCCUUGGUAGCUUUGGUUUCUUAUAUGGCAUUUUACCAACUGCACCGUCAGUAUAUGUGUUUGCAACACAAUAUGAUAUGUGUAUAGAUGUUGCAACUAAAACAGUAGUAAGCAGCACAUUAUUUUCUGCUCCUCUUUUAUUUGCAACAGCAUCAGUUAUUUCACUUUCUCAGAUUGGAAUAGAACAUGUUACUUCUUAUUUGAGCUUGACAAUCAGUUACCUUAGUUCUGUAAAUGCAAUUUGUUGUUUAUGGUUACUUGUGAUAUUUUUGACAGGGAGGCGUUGGAGGAGCAUAAGUUUUGGAGUUACUUUUUAUUUGGUAUUUGCACAAUUUUUGAUUGCAUUAGGUGGAAUAUUGAUGUUUUUCACUCCAAUAAAGUACAGCACAUUAUUUUAUAUACAAUAUACAUUAACAUCUGGCAGUAUAUAUGCAACAAGAUUGUGUGUACUUUUAUUAGCAGUAUUACUGCUCAUUAUUCGAAUGAGAAGUUUGUGCUUCAUCUUGCAACUAAAAAAACAAAUUAAUAUAUUGUCUAUUAUAUUGUGUUUUAUACUACCCUAUUUUCUGGCUGUAGCUUUAGUGUUUGCUGAAGAUAAAGGGAAGUAUGAACCAAAUUAUCAAUUAGGGUAUGUUCAUAGUAUUACAUCUUUCACUCUCACACUUAUCUGCUUAGUUGGAACAAUUACAUGCAUCAUUCUGCAGCAAAUAUACUUACGAAGAAAUGCCUCUCAGCACUCAACCCAUACUUUGAUUCACAAUCGUGAAGCAGAGUCUCAUCAAGCCUGUUCAUCAGAAGCUACAACUAGCAAAACAAUUUGCUGUGGAGAUAUUGAAGAUAUAGGAAGAAAUGUAAAAGAAGAGUACUGUUCAGAUUAUCACUCUAUGGUCAAUGAUUCAUAUGACAAAGUUUGUGAUUCAAGGUAUCAUUGCAGUGCUGAAAGACGACAACAAUGUACUGUACAAGUUUCAAGAUAUAUCGAUGAUAACAAUGAGAUAGGAACUGGACUUAUUGAUGAUGAAUAUUUCUUGAAACACAUUACUUUACUGAUACUUUUUAGUGUUUCAAUGAUUUUGAGUGUGUUUGUCUGCCUUUGGAAAUUGAUAGAAACUGAAGACGGCAUUUACAUUGAACUUGAAUUUUUAGAUGUCAUAGUAAAUUAUACUUUGGGAAUAGUAUGCUUCAUUAUGUUUGGCUUAGACAGUAAUCUGCUGUAUUCAAUAUUGAGUAAAUUCAAUUUUUUCAGCAAUGAAGCUCCUUCAAAUACAUUAGAAAAAAUUGAAUCAAAAAUAAUAUGUGAAAGAUUUUUUUUGAAUUAUUAUGAAAAGUGCAAAAAAGAUUUAGAACAAACUAGAAUAAUCAAUAAUGCAGAAUAUCAAGGUGUCUUUGAAUAUACUGAAUUAGUCAAUUGGCUUUUGGAAGCAGAAGUUGCUGCUACAAAUAAAGAUGCUGAUUAUCAAAUUGAAUGCUUCAUAAAAUCUUUCAUUAUUGAAGAAUUAAAUGAAGGUUGUUACGGAAGGCGAUUCUUUAGGUUUACAAAUAGGGAUGUUGUAGCAGAUUAAUUCUGUUAAACCUAAAAUUUGUUUAAUUUCAAUUGUAAAUAAAGUGUAUUUUAUUUA